AUGAAUAUUGCCCUAUAUGAAUAUUACCCUAGGGGCAAUAUUCAUGAUAUCAUAUUCAGCACCGAUAACAAACUUAAUUGGGAGCUAAAGCUCCCAAUUAUAAAAGGAAUUGCCUCUGGUUUGAAUUAUCUCCAUCAUGAGUUGGAGUUCGGAGCGCUCCUCCAUAUGGACAUCAAGUUGGCUAAUGUUCUGUUAGAUGCCAACUUCAUUCCCAAAAUAUCGGAUUUUGGAUUGGGGCUGGUGUUUUCUCACUGCAAUUCCUCUCCUAUUGUGGCAAAAAAGGGUAUUGUGGGAAUUGAAACUUAUAUUGUCCCUGAAGUUAAAUUUGGGGUCUUGUCAAGCAAGGCAGACGUGUACAGUUUUGGAUAUGUCCCCUUUGAACUCAUUACUGAACGCGUGACGGAUGGUGCUAAUCUUACCAACCUGCAUAAGGCUCUCAAGUUGGGUUAUGAAGGGCAAUAUUUUGAAUUGCCUCUGCCGGAAUUGCCCUAUACUGAUGAUUCAGCAGUGGCAGAUCAGAUGGAUCAAUGUCUGACACUUGCAGUAGCAUGUAUGAUAAUAAAAAUUCAUUGA